CAUGUGGGCGGGUGGUGAGGCUACCUCCAGCUGCCAGUCUGGGAACCGUCAAACAUUGCCCCCUAGACCCUUAAUUACUGUCUGUUAAUGACUCUUCUGCUGGUGGAGCUGAAACUGCGGUUCCCCGGGGCGGGGACGCGCACAGAUGGUGUGGGGGUCCCAUUGGCUGCAUCUAGUCUCUGAGCUCUCUUAGGUCUGCAGCCGGGCUGAGGGUGUACCACAGCCAUGGCUCAGCCACUGGCUUUAGUCCUCGAUGUCCCAGAGACCACAGGGGACGAAGACAGUCGGGAGCCCAGCCCCUAUGAAGAGAGUGAAGUCCAUGACUCCUUCCACCAGCUCAUUCAGGAGCAGAGUCUUCGGGUGGCGGAGGAGGGGCUGGAGCUGCUGCCCUUGGCCCCAGGCAGCGGUUACCAGACCCUCCCAAGGCCUGAAGGUGCCCCCACCCACAGCACGGCCACUCUCCGCAUCUUGGCCAGCAUGCCUAGUCGCACCAUUGGCCGCAGCCGUGGGGCCAUCAUCUCCCAGUACUACAACCGCACAGUGAGGCUCCGGCACAGGAGCAGCCGGCCCCUGCUGGGCAAUGUGGUGCGCUCUGCCCGGCCCAGCCUUCGCCUGUAUGACCUGGAGCUGGACCACACAAUCCUGGAGGAUGAUGAGAAGCGGAGCCUACUAGUGAAGGAGCUUCAGGGUCUGUCGGUGGCCCAGCGGGACCACAUGGUCCGGAACAUGCCCUUGAGCCUGGGUGAGAAGCGCUGGCUUCGAGAGAAAAGUUGGAGCCCAAAGGGAAAGCGGAGGGGCCAGCAGGGCCGAGGUGGGAUCUUUUCCUGCUGCAGCAGGCUCAGAUACAGCUGCAUUCUGGCCCUGCACAGCCUGGGGCUGGUUCUGCUCUCAGGUCUGUAUGCUGCCAGGCCGUGGCACUAUGCUCUGAAGCAGAUCGGCGGCCAGUUUGGCUCCAGUGUCCUCUCCUACUUCCUCUUCCUCAAGACCCUGUUGGCCUUCAACACACUGAUGUUGCUUCCUCUGCUGGCCUUCCUCGUGGGGGUGCAAGCUGUCUUCCCACCUGACCCGUCAGGCCCGGCCCCUACCUUCUCUGGUCUAGAACUCCUCACAGGCGGGGGCUGGUUCACACACACCGUCAUGUACUACGGCUACUACAGUAACAUCACGCUGAGCCAAUCAUGUGCCUCCCCAUGGGAAAGUGACCAGUGCAGCCCCAGAUUGGGCAGUCUGCCCUAUAACAUGCCACUGGCCUACCUCUUCACAGUGGGGGCUGUCUUCUUCUUGACCUGCAUCACUCUGGUAUAUAGCAUGUCCCACUCCUUCGGGGAGAGCUACCGGGUUGGCAGUACUAAAGGCAUCCAUGCUCUUAUGGUCUUCUGCUCCUGGGACUACAAGGUGACUCAGAAGCGGGCCUCCCGUGUCCAGCAGGACAGCAUCUGCACUCAGCUGAAGGAGCUGCUGGCUGAGUGGCAGCUGCGAAAGCGCCCCCGGAGCGCGUGUGGGCAGCUGGGGCAGGUUGUCGUGCUAGGCCUGGGAUGGCUGCUGUGUCUGGGUACCACGAUGGGCUGUGCAGUGGCUGUCCUCACCUUCUCAGAGGUCAUGGUUCAGAGAUCUGCUGCUGGUGGCCAGGGGUUGGAGCUGCUGGCCCUGCCCCUGGUGGUCAGUGUCCUUAAUCUGGGUGCUUCUUACCUGUUCCGUGGUCUGGCCACUCUGGAGCGGCACGACUCCCCUGUGUUGGAAGUAUACAUGGCCAUCUGCAGGAGUCUCAUCCUGAAGAUGGCUGUCCUGGGUGUGCUUUGCUAUCACUGGCUGGGCCACAGGGUGGCCACCUUGCAGGGCCAGUGCUGGGAGGACUUUGUGGGCCAGGAACUGUACCGCUUCCUGGUUGUGGAUUUCAUCUUCACACUCUUGGACUCUCUUUUUGGGGAGCUCGUAUGGAGGCUCAUCUCAGAGAAGAAGCUGAAAAGGAGGCAGAAGCCCGAGUUCGACAUUGCUCGGAAUGUUCUGGACCUGAUUUAUGGGCAGACACUGACCUGGCUGGGUGUUCUCUUCUCACCGCUCCUGCCCGCAGUGCAGAUACUCAGGCUGCUUUUCCUUUUCUACGUUAAGAAGGCAAGCCUGAUGGCCAACUGCCAGGCACCUCGCCGACCCUGGCUGGCGUCUCACAUGAGCACCGUCUUCCUCACCCUGCUCUGCUUCCCGUCGUUUCUGGGUGCGGCUGUUUUCCUCUGCUAUGCUGUCUGGCAAGUGAAGCCCUCAAGCAUUUGUGGCCCCUUCCGGACUCUGAACACCAUGUACGAGGCGGGCACAGUCUGGGUGCGUCGCCUGGAGCAUGCUGGCUCCGGGGCCUCCUGGCUGCCCUGGUUGCACCACUUCCUGGUGGAGAACACUUUCUUCCUUUUCCUCAUGUCAGCCCUGCUGUUGGCUGUCAUCUACCUCAACAUCCAGGUGGUGAAAGGGCAGCGGAAGGUCAUCUGCCUGCUCAAGGAGCAGAUCCGGAACGAGGGAGAGGACAAGAUCUUCCUGAUCAACAAGCUUCACUCUGUUUACGAGGAUGGGGAGCGGAGCAGGAGAUGGAAACAUCUGUGUCAUGGCAGCUCCUAGGCUAGCCCUGGUCUGCUCUGCUGCUGAAGUCCUGGCUGGAGCUGGAGAUUGCUGGAGGGCCAAGGGCAGCUUGUUAUCCCGAGUCUUGUUCUUCCUCUGGUCUUUGGGUUCCCACGAGGCCUGGGCCCUUCAGUGAUUUCCUCAGCAGAGCUAGCAGCUCCCCUUCUUUCCCGAGUCCCCUGUGGGAGGCCAGGACUUAUCCUCAGCACACGGUGGGGUCAACAUUAGAGGGUGAGAGCUGAGCCAGUGUUUCUACUUCCACCCACAAGCCUGCUGACAAUGCUGUCGUUUUGUGCAUGUUAGCCAAUAUGGUCUUAGGGGCAGAGAUCAAUGAAACACUUAGGAAGGCGUUGGGGGUCUUGAGCCUGUGGACUCAGGCAGCGCUACUCCUCAGGCUCCUGAGUACUGGGGCUACAAGUGCAUACCACUGUGAUUUUUCCAGAUAGUGCUGGCGAUGGAACCCAGGACCUUGUGCCUGCACACAAAGGCCCUACCACUGAGCUACAUUCCUGCCUCUCUGGUCUCCUUUUUAAUGCCUGUACUGGGCAUGUGACAGUGAGUAUGGGGCGGUGGUUCUGGGGGAACCUGUAGCCUCUGGCUCCACCCGCUGCUGGCCUGGGCAAUACUGGUCUUCAGAUGCAUCCCACUCAGUCAGGCCAGGAGGACUUGGAAGCUGUUAUGCUUUCCAGUGGCUAUUGACAGGAUCCACACAUCCUCAGCAAAACCAAAGAGCACGGCUAUAGCUUCGAGUCACACAGCCAAGACCGAGUCUAGGCAGGAACAAGUGCAGACUCGGCAGACACCAGAGGCUGUCUCCACACCCGGUGAAAAAGGAAGUCCCUGCCUCUCACAGACGAAAGACCCAGCAAUAGUGAAUAGCCAAGAAAAACUGCAGUUUAUUAAGACUCAACAAAGCGCUGUAUUUUUGAAAGCAACCUCUGGUGUGCGUCCAACCACCACAUUCCACGAGGGGGGCAUUAAGCGCCACAAACUUUCUUUUAAUCUUAAGAGUCAGACAUUUUAAAUUCAAAAGGUUAAAAAAAAGAAAAGGAAAAAAAAGGGGGGGGG